AUGGCUCUCUCGUCCUCUGGGGUUCUAGAUCCGCUGGCAUCCGCGGAGUAUCGGUUCGGCUCCUCCCGCACUAGGACCCUGCUACCACCACUACUGACUUCUGACAUACUUACCUCUGAUGCCCCAACACCUACCAAACAAACCCCUAAGCCUCGUGGCGCGUAUCCUCGCAAACGAGCUGUUAGGGCUUGUCAAACCUGCCGGGCUAGGAGGACCAAGUGCGACAACAAGAAGCCAUCAUGUUCGUUUUGCGAGAGAAUCGGCGCUAAUUGCGUGGUUAACGACCCGGCCGACCUGUCAGCAUUUGAUCCUGCGAGUCUAGUGAUUAUCCAACGCCUGGAUCAGCUCGAAUUGCUCAUCCAACAACAGAAAGAAGCUGAGCCAGCAAAGCCGCCGCCUGUAGACCAACAUGCUCUGGUAACCCGGAGGAGGGCUUCUUCAGGGGUUGCGGUGGCAAAUGGCGACACCACGAGCCUCAUUGGCAGCCCUUUGUACUACAGCUCGGAUCUAAGUCGACUCACCAUCGAGACUAUUCUCUCCUGGAAUGUCUUCGAGGGCAAAUAUGACUCGAACACCGACCUCAAAGCCUUGGUCACCUCAACAACCCUGUCUGGAGAGCCUUUCCUUGCCAACUCUGAUCCCCGUCUCGAACGCUUGGAUCUCGACAUCGACGUCUGUACCAGGCUUUUCCAUACCUUUUUAGAGCAAGUGCAUAUUGCAAAUCCCAUCCUUGAUGUGCCCCUGGUUACGAACUAUUUGUACCAAGCGUGCGUUCAUGGGAUAGGUUGGGACGCACCUUCGUGCCUCGUGCUACUCAUAUGCGCUUUAGGCGCUAUUUCUGAGAGCUUCCAGGAGCACCAUGAAGCUAGCUCAAUGACAGCUCGGCGAUCCCCGUCCUUCCAUCUCGGACAAAAAUACUUUGAAGCAGCGCAGAUGAGGCUCGGUGUAGUUCUGCGCACGCAUGGAUUAAUAGAGGUGCAAUGUUUCUUCUAUUCAGGGGUCUACCUCAUGGCUAUUUUCCAGCCCAUCAAGGCUUGGAGAUGCUUUGUACAGACUGCGGCAAUGGCAGAAACGAUGGUCUUCUCAACGAGACUACCUGAUUAUAAUGCCGGUCUCAAUAAUGAUAUGCCUUGCUUGGAGACGACACACUGGGCCUGUCUUAAAUCGGAACUUGAGUUACGCUUAGAGCUUGGUCUUAACCAACCCAACCCACUUGGCUUCACAUAUCCGACGUUCUUCCCGUCACUUCCAAUGGAGCAACUAAAUCGCGAGGAAUCACGGGUGUGGUACUUCUACCUGGCCGAAACCGCCGUUCGGCGAUUAACAAUGCGAAUUAUACAACUAUUCUUCCGGAACCAGAUACAGGGUCGGUUUCCAGACGCCUACCAAUUGAGAGAAUCCUCAAUCGAUUUUGAAGUUCAAGCCUCCGAGUGGACGGCCUCACUCCCACCAAUCCUCUCCCUCGCAAGCCCCGAAAUGGACGACGACGUCCUCAAAUUCGUUCUCCGCGGCCACCUCCUCGACUGCUACGAGUGGAUCUAUUUCCCAUACAUGCUCGAGGCUAUCGCACAUCAAACCCGCGACCCCCUAACAGACGAAUUCGUCAUCAAAGGUCUACAAAUGUCUGCCGAGCGGAUUCACAAAAACCGAAAGGGAUUUAAGCACCGUCAUCACGGCGUCUGGCUAAUGCUGCGAUCGUGCACUCGCAGCGCCCUCAUCCUCUUGGCUGCUAGCCGCUGCGGCGCGACCGAGGAACUUCUUCCCCUUGGUUGGAAGGAUGCGGUUAUGGGCGCUGUGGAAAUGCUGGAGUAUUGGCGGGAUGAGGCGGAGGAUGCGCGUGACCGGUUGCGGAUCCUUACCGAAUUAGUGGCCACUUGA